AUGCGAAUAGGUGGAUCAUUCAAGCUAGAACUAUUCCUGCCCGAAGAUUAUCCUAUGGCGCCGCCCAAAGUACGCUUCCUGACAAAGAUCUACCACCCGAAUAUUGAUAAACUUGGUCGGAUUUGCUUGGACAUAUUAAAAGACAAGUGGUCGCCAGCACUGCAGAUUCGAACAGUGCUUCUUUCCAUUCAAGCAUUACUGUCUGCGCCUAAUCCAGAUGACCCCCUGUCAAACGAUGUUGCGCAGCAUUACAACACAAACGAAAAAGAUGCCAUCGAAACAAGCCGGCAGUGGACUAAACAGUAUGCCAUGUAA